AUGGACAUAUUGAAAGCAGAAAUUGCUAAGAAAAAAAGACAACUUGAAGAAAAAAAAGUUUUGGAACCCGCAAAGAAAUAUUUCAAAAGAGGAGAAUUAAUCGCGAAAGAAAAUGCUGAAUAUUUAGAGAGAUUUGCGUCGGAAAAACCUAAACCCGACGGUUUUGAAAAUUUACGUGAAACUAAUUCUCCAAAACCAGAAGAUGGAGCUGACCAUGUAACACUUCCUAGAAAGGAAGUUAUUCGGCGAUUAAGAGAAAGAGGAGAACCAAUUCUUCUUUUUGCUGAAACAGAAUUAGAAUCUUUUCACAGGUUAAGAAAGUGUGAAAUUUUAGAACCUGAAGUAGAUAAAGGUUUUAGAAAUGAUUUUCAAGAGGCUUUAGAAAAAGUCGAUCAAGCUUUUCUCGAUGAAAUUAUUGCUUCACAACAACAGAAAGAUGGAAAAUCUAAUUUAGAUGUUCAAGUACAGGAUGAUGGAGUUACAUAUGAAGAAAUUAAAAGCAAAGCAGUUGAAUUAGGAAAAGGAAGUAGAGAUUUAGAUUUACAAGUUAUUUAUCAAUUCUUACAGUUUUUAUUAAAAAUGUGGGGAAAUCAAUUAAAUAAUAGAAAUCCUAGGGAAAAGCAAACUACAAAAGGAAAAUUAGCAAGUGCUACAUUCACUCAAACUCAAAUAUAUUUAAAACCAUUGCUUAGAAAAUUAAAAAAUAAUUCAUUACCAGAAGAUAUAUCGGAUAGUUUAACAGAAAUUAUUGCAUUUCUACUCGACAGAAAUUAUAUUAAGGCAAAUGAUUCUUAUUUGCAAAUGGCUAUAGGUAAUGCACCUUGGCCAAUCGGUGUAACUAUGGUCGGAAUUCAUGCUCGUACUGGUAGAGAAAAAAUUUUCUCAAAAAAUGUCGCUCAUGUUCUUAAUGAUGAAACGCAAAGAAAGUAUAUACAGGCAUUAAAAAGAUUAAUGACAAAAUGUCAACAAUUUUUUCCUACUGAUCCAUCGAGAUGUGUCGAAUAUGCUGCUUUUGGACCUUUGUCAUAA